CAUUUAGUAGCCAUCCCAUAGCCAUCAACCAAUUUUUAUUUUAUUUUUGCCCUCAGCCACAUUGCAACACAGACGGAACUCCAAACGAAAUGGCUCGUCCAUUGCCCGUUUCGUUUGUUUCAUCUCAUGUCAACAAGACACAAACGUAAUGCUUUAGCUUUUAACGGGUUUCAUUGUAUUCUAGUAAAUUGUUCUAAACCGGAAUGUAACAAUUUUAUUUCAGAAAGCAAACUUUCACCUGGAGACAUUUUUCACUGCAUCAACAUUUCUUUUAUCUGUCUUGUAAUGACAACUUUUUUUUUUCUCCUACCUGUUUGGUUUCAUUAUCUUGCAUGCAGGUGUGUGUACAUUGCACUAUGAUCCCGCCUUGUGGAAAGGGGCCCUGUGCUGACAUCACCUGGCUGGUUUAGGUUACAGUUACUGUAUAUAAACGUGAGCUCAGUGAGGGCUGCAGCAGGGUCUGUCUGGGACAUUACCAUGACAGCUCCGGUUCUGUUCGAUCUGCAAUCUCUGAACACAUGUCAGCUCUGCCAAUGGGCUGCCUGGCUUUUAGGCUUCUUACUGCUUUACAAAGUGACCAGGGUGUACCUGAGGAGAAGAGAGCUUAUAGCAGCCUUCAGUCCUUUCCCAGGUCCAAAAACACACUGGCUGUACGGCAACGCACAUGAGUUCACACAGGAUGGGACAGAUAUGGACAAUAUGGCUCGUUACGCUGAAAAAUAUCCCUAUGGUUUCACAAUGUGGAUGGGCCACUUCUUUCCUGGGCUUAUAAUCUGCCACCCUGACUAUGCUAAAGCCAUCCUAUCGAGGCAGGAUCCCAAAAAUCCCAUGAUCUAUAAUUUUGUUGUCCCCUGGAUUGGGAGAGGUCUACUAGUCUUGAAUGGACCAAAGUGGCAACAACACCGGAAGCUGUUGACUCCAGGUUUCCACUAUGAUGUUCUGAAGCCAUAUGUCAAGCUGACUUCAGAUUGUACUAACGUUAUGCUGGAAAAGUGGGAGAAGUUAGUCUCCAAUAAGAAGCCCGUGGAACUUUUUCACCACGUCAGCCUGAUGACGCUGGACACCAUCAUGAAGUGUGCCUUCAGUUACAAUAGCAACUGCCAGACUGACGGUGAUAAUACUUACAUCAAAGCUAUCUAUGAAAUCUCAUAUCUGACAGAAAGAAGAAUCCGUAUCUUCCCCUACCACAGUGACUUCAUCUACUUCUUCAGUCCCCAUGGAUUCCGAUUACGGAAAGCUCUGAAGAUAGCCCAUCAGCACACUGAGAAAGUAAUCAAACAGAGGAAAGAAUCCCUUCAACAGGAAAAGGAAUUGGAGAAGAUCCAGAAGAAGAGGCAUUUGGAUUUUCUAGAUAUUCUUCUGUUUGCCAAGGAUGAAAAUGGAAAGGGUUUAUCAGAUGAAGACCUGCGAGCAGAGGUGGACACCUUCAUGUUUGAGGGUCACGAUACCACAGCCAGUGGGAUCUCCUGGAUCUUGUACUGCAUGGCCAAACACCCAGAACAUCAGCAGAAGUGCAGGGAGGAGGUCAGAGAGGUCCUGGGUGGAAGGAACACAGUAGAGUGGGAAGAUCUGGGAAAGUUGACAUACACCACGUUGUGCAUUAAGGAGUGCAUGAGGCUCUAUCCCCCAGUGCCAGAAGUAGGACGAGAACUUGCCAAACCAAUCACAUUCUGUGAUGGGCGGAGUCUUCCAAAAGGUGCCAGUGUGAUUCUGAAUUUCUAUGCGAUAGGCAGAUGCCCCAGCAUAUGGGAGGAUCCAGAGGUAUUUGAUCCAAUGAGAUUCUCACCAGAGAACUCAUCCGGUAGGCACGCGUAUGGCUUUGUGCCCUUCUCAGCUGGUUCAAGGAACUGUAUUGGACAGAACUUUGCAAUGAACGAAAUGAAAGUGGCCUUAGCGUUGAUCUUACAGAGAUUUGAACUGAGUCCGGAUACUGAAAAUGAACCGCUUAAAGUACGUCAGCUCGUCUUACGUUCUGUCAAUGGAAUCCACCUGUACCUGAAGAAGGUAGAGACUUAAGAAAAUUGAAAGACAAUGGGAAAAGAGGACACUUUCAUGAGAGCAGCUACGUUUUUCAACAGAUGUGAAGAUAAAAUAUUUUUAAUGGAUGACAAAUAAAUGUUUGUACAGCAUAUAAAAUAAUAAAUUAAUUAAAUAUCUAAAUAACUC